AUGAUUUUCAUCCGCAAAGGACGUCAUGAGACUACGUGGGCGGUGCUGCGGCAGUUUGGGUAUGACAAUAACCUGCGUCUCUCCCACGAUUUCCUCUACCCUAAACUAGUGGUUCCAUCGGGCUGCUCGACCGAGCUGUCUCCAGCUGGCAUUCACUUUCUUCACACCAUAUUCACCAAAUAUGACAUCGACGGCGAUGAGUGCCUAAGUCCGACCGAGGUGGCUGAGCUGCUAGCUACGUGUCCGGAGGAGGAGGGAGUUCGACUGUCCGCUGGUGGUAGUGCUGGUAUGGGUGUGGAGGACUUUGGUCUCUGCGAGGAGACCAACUGCAGGGGCUGGGUUACACGCCGUGGUUUCAUGGCCCACUGGGCGCUAACGGCUCUGUUGGAACCCAGUCAAGCCUUGGAGUACUUGGCCUACUUAGGUUUUACCUAUCAGGCAGGAGUGUGUCUUCUACCCGACAGAGAUUAUCUGGCCUUUGGACCAAAUCCAAGCUUCGGCUUUGGCACUUCCAUUACCAAUCCAAACGUGCCCCAGGUCGCCCCAUGUGGUUGCUUGAGUAACUCAACGGAUAACCUCUUGCGCGGGCUAGUUGUAACUUCGGAACGCCGAAUGGACUAUAUUCGGGGUCAUACGAGUCGGACGGUCUUUUACUGUCGAGUCUAUGGGAGUAGAAAAGUUGGGAAGACAUGUCUGCUGCAGGGUUUGCUGGGUCGUGGUCUGCGAGGCCGCGGAGGGUAUGCGGUGGGUGGAGCCAGCGGACGGACAGCGGCGUGGACGGCAGCGACGGGACUGCCCGUGUGCGGGAAAUUGCGAACACUGAUACUGCACGAGGUGAGUGCAGGCCAUGGGGAGCAAAUGACAGCAGGUGAAGCCCUCUCCGCCGACGUUGCCUGCCUCCUCUAUGACGUCACCGACGCAGACUCCUUCCGUUAUGUGGCCAAUAUCUUUUUGAACUUUUAUCGUGGCACUCGCGUUCCCUGUCUCUUCGUUGCUGGUAAAGCGGACCAGAUAGGUGUGCUGCAAAAUUACUGCCUUGAUCCUCAGGAGUUCUGCGCAAAGUACAAUCUAGCCGAUCCCCUUCCCUUCUCUUCCCUUGACGUUCGCCCUCGUCUCGUGGAGACCUCAGCUACUGGUGUUGAUCCUGGCACCGGUGGUGACUCACGUCAUCGACGCAGCUCUGCGGAUACUGUAAAGGCACCCCCUUCUGGUCCUGGUGUGAGCUCCACUUUCUGGUACCUCGACAAUUGCAGCUCGCCCGAGGCCAGUCCACAGAGAAAUAAACGAAACGGCCCCGCACCAUCAGCUGCGUCAACGGCAACGCAACUGGAGCCAUCGUCACCUCAACAACGUCCCCUUUCGGGCACUCGAGGGCGAUCUUCCACCCCCACGCUCUUUAGCCCAUACACCACUGGCACAUCUAUUCCUGCACGCGAGGUCAAGCAGCUGGAGGGAGAGUUUCACCCCGUGUACGUGAAACUUACGACCAUGGCCAAUUACCCACACACCAGACGUCUAGAGCUGGCUCAACCCGACUACGCUUGGAAACUGACCCUCGCUGCAACCAUCUUGGCUGGUUUUGGGUUUGUAGCCUUUAGAAUGGCAAAACCACAUCUGUAG